AUGCCUUUCGUCGAAGUCAACAACCACAGACUCCACUGCGCCGACUCCCACCCCAAUGGCGCCCCCUCAAACGGCCUCACCUUCAUCUUCGUCCACGGCCUCGGCUCGUCUCAGAACUUUUAUCACCCCGUGCUUCCCCACCUCAUUCCUAAACACCGCUGCAUCACCCUCGACACCUACGGCGCCGCACGCUCCGAAUACACCGGCCAGCCGAUCUCCAUCGAGUCCAUUGCACAGGAUGUUGUCGCCGUGCUGGAUAAAUUCCAGGUUUCCCAGGCCGUGGUUGUCGGACACUCAAUGGGCGGACUUGUCGUAACGCUGCUGGGCGCCAAGUAUGCGGAUCGCGUUAAGGGAAUUAUCGCAAUUGGGCCGACUCACCCUUCAGAGACACUGGUGAACGUUAUGACGAAGAGAGCGGAGACUGUUUCGCAAUCUGGAAUGGAACCAAUGGCCAACACAAUCCCCUCCGGCGCAACUGGCAGCGGCGCCUCCGCCCUCUCCAAAUCCUUCAUCCGCGAACUCAUCCUAAAUCAGAACCCCAAGGGGUACGCCGCGCUGUGCCACGCCAUCGCUAACGCGCCGUCCAUCGACUACUCCGCCAUAAACAAGCCGUUCUUGCUGAUCGCCGGUGAAGAGGAUAAGUCUGCUUCGUUGGAUGGGUGUCAGUACAUUUUUGAAAAUGUGCAGGGCAAGGAGAAGAGGAUGGAGGUGCUUGCGGGGGUGGGGCAUUGGCAUUGUGUUGAGGCGCCGGAGGAGAUUGGGAGGGUGGUGAAGCAUUUUGUGGAAAAUGAUGAUUUGUAG